ACUUCUAUCAUCCGAUGUGAACCGCUUCUGAUUGGUUGAAAUAGUGGGCAGGAAUCGUGAUGUAAAUAUUUUGGCAACAAUAUGCAAAAUUUCAGGGGAACAACCGAAAACAAAUAGGAAUUUCGCGCAAAUUGUGUUUACUCUACCUUAUGUAGAAAGAAGCCAUGUAUACAUAUACGUAUAUACUGCGUAGCUUAGUAUGUCGUACGCCUUUUUUAACUAGCUUGAAAACAAUCUAGCAAAACAUGUUGUUUAUCAUCGAGCUUACAAAAGCUGCGAUACUAGGUACGGGAUGUUAGUUCGAAUCUAGGAAUCAUAUUCGAAUAAAGUCGUGAUAUUUUGAGUACUCGUUUUUCACAAAUUUUGUGGUGAAAUAAAUACAGUGAUAAAAAGAGAGCUAUUAUUAAAUAUCGAAGGAGGAAAUAUUGUUACAAUUAUCGGUUGAACCUUUGUGCUGAUAUCGGAUACAGGAUGUCUUUCAGUAAAAAUAUCAAACAUUACAGGGUAUUAGCACAUAAUACUCAAAGGUCCUUGACAUCUGGAAGUACAAACAGUGUUGGCACAGAUAAGAUGUAUAAGGCAAAUGCUAAAAAUGUACUCUUAACCCAGUCAAAACUGAUAAGUCAACUCAAAAAGUACAUUUCCAAAAUUCCUGAGACCGAUUUGCUGGAAAAUGCAUUAAAUAAGGAGUUUGCCCAAUUUUUGCAAAAACUCCAGCCAAGAAUAUAUGGUAGUGAUCUUAUACGAUUUUUCACACAACCGACAGUAGUGGAAAACACUAAGACACCAAAAACUGAAAGAAAAGAAUCAGUUCCAUCUCUUUCAAUACCUGAUUUACUUGAAACAUUAAAAAUCAAAAUCAACAGUACAGAAGCACCUAAAAUGAAAGAAACAGUACCUAAAUGGUUGGUGAAGCCAAUUAUUUCUAAGGAAGCAAUUGCCUCUAGAACAGAAUAUUUAUUGUCUGCAAUUAAAACGGCCAAACAAGAUGAUUAUAAAUUAUCAAAAAUUGAUGAAUUCUGUGAAUAUCUGAAACGAUAUCAAGAUGCAAGACAUAUAGCAGUCAAAGAGGGUGGCAUAAGAUCCUUACUGAAAAUACGAUAUCAGGAAACUAGUAGUCCUGAAGUUAUUGGUGCUCUACAAGAAGCAUUAAGCCUUUUGGGUUACACCGACACUGUAGAAGGCACAGGGUUGAGGAUAUUGUCGAUAGAUGGUGGGGGAACAAGAGGAUUACUAGUCAUACAGAUGCUCAAAAAACUAGAAGAAUUAGCGGGCAGGCCCAUUUUAGACAUGUUCGACAUGGUUUGUGGUGUCAGUACUGGUGCUAUCAUAGCUAGCUUGUUAGUUGUUCAAAAGAAAUCUCUUGAUGAAAUUGAACAAAUAUAUGAAAGUAUAGGAACUCAAGUAUUUACACAACAUCCAAUAAAAGGUACAAGUAAUUUAGUCUGGAGUCAGUCCUAUUAUGAUACUGCCUUGUGGGAAAAACUGUUGAAGGAAAAAAUUGGAACAGAAACACUUAUAAGUACUCAAAGAAAACCGAAGACUCCAAAAUUGUUGGCUGUAUCUGCUGUAAUGAAUAAAUCACGAUUAGCAGCUUAUCUAUUCAGGAAUUACAAUUUACCUUGUAAAGUACAGAGCCAGUAUUUCGGUAGUUCAAAUCACAGAGUUUGGGAAGCUGUCAGGGCUUCAGCAGCAGCACCUACAUAUUUUGAGGAAUUCAAAUUGGGAAAUAUGUUGCAUCAGGAUGGAGGUAUUUUAGUGAAUAAUCCCACAGCUGUUGCAAUACAUGAAGCCAAGUUAUUGUGGCCACAUACCCCACUGCAAUGCGUGGUUUCUUUUGGCACUGGUAGGACCGAGUUAAAUCCCAUAGAGCCAGACGUAGAUAUGGAGGAAGUGAGUGCAUCUUCCUGGAAAAGCAAAUUUAUGGCAGUAAUUGAUAGUGCUACCGAUACAGAGGGUGUGCAUUCAAUGUUGUCAGAUCUUCUGCCACCAAGGACUUAUUAUAGGUUCAACCCGUAUCUAACUGAAAUGCUAGGAAUUUCAGAAAUUUGCCCCGAAAAAAUGAACCAACUCAAGAGAGAUGCCUUGAUGUACUUAAGACGAAAUGAAGAGAAAUUUCAAGAAGCUGCUGACACUUUAAAUAUCAGAAAAGGUCCAAUGCAAAAACUGCAAGAUUAUGUUAGUCUACAGUUGGAAAUCAAUGGUAUCAUUUCGUCUAAGUAUUGAUUUCCAUAUUUCAACUUAUGAGAUGGCUGUGUUUAAUGAUUAUAAUUAUCUUUAUGGUAUUUAUUGGAAUGAAAAUAUUUUUACACAUAACUUUGUACAUUUGUAUUUAUAUUAGAAAUGAUUUCUUAUACUGAUUACAUUUUUAUUUGUUC